GCAUUGGCAUGAAGGCCAACCGAUGCCCCGUUCGGCCUUUACUAACAUGAUUCCCUCUGCAUGGAGACACCAACUCUAAACAUUCAUCAGUCUGAAGCUGUCCACCCUGAGAUUCGUCCAGAUUCCAGUCGGAGCAUCAUGGUUCCGUGACAUUCUGCUCCUCGGAGCAAGAAACACGCUUCAGUAGAGGAACGAGAAACUCCAAACAUGUUCCUCAUUCUUGCAUUUCUCUGAAAAAGUGAAGUAGUUUCUGGCGUAUCUCUCUUGCCAAAUAAAGUCCAAUCCUCAAAUACGUGUCGUUACUCACUGCUCGUUGCUCCGUUGCGCAACGGAGCCGGAAACCUUUAAGGCUGUGCUGUUGUGGGGACUAUUUAGUGUUCAUGAAUUUAGCUUUGACAUCACUCUGCACCGCCAAAAAUAUAUAAGCUUACAACAGGAAAAGGAAAUAACACAUCACCAAAAGAGAAGAGUGGAAAAGAUUAACAGACCCACAAAAACACUUUUCUCUCCUGCAUAUGGAUCAAAUGUUGUUGCUGCUGCUGCUGAGCUCAGGGCUGCAAGGCGAUGAAAUCUCCAGCUACACAGCAUCUCAGUGUGAAAUGGCCAGCGCUGACAUUGCGAUGCUAGUGGACGGUUCCGGGAGUAUUAGCCGGGAUGACUUUGGAAGGAUGAAAUCAUUUAUAUCUGAGAUGGUUCAAAACUUCCCCGUCGGUCCCAACAAAGUCCAAAUAGGCUUGACUCAGUACAGUCGCGACCAAAAAGCUGAGUGGCACCUGAACAGCCACAACAAGAAGCAGUCCCUGCUGCAGGCCAUCAACCAGAUAAAACAAAUACAUGGAAGCACAAUGACAGGGAAAGCUCUGCAGUACAUUGAUAACCACAGCUUUACACCCGAGGUGGGAACGCGUCCAGACUCAAAAAAAAUUGUUGUUCUGAUCACUGAUGGAGAAUCUGUUGACGACGUAGAAAUCCCAGCGACGAAUCUGAAAGACUCUGGGAUCGAGGUGUUUGUUAUUGGUGUGGGCCGAGCUUUUCACGCACAAAGGGCCGUUCAUGAACUGAGGACCAUCGCUUCUGCAGAUGUCAACAGUCAUCUUUACCUUAUUUGGGAUUUCCAAUCCCUCCAUGAUGCUGCCAUCAAUAUCUCCACCAGCAUCUGCCAUGCUGCUACUGAGCCGAAACAACUCCCCAGUUAUUAUCCAACAGUUUUCAUCAUCAGACUGGUGGUCCUGCUGCUGACUCUGCUGGUCUUCUGCUCUCUGAUUUUCUACACCCACAAGACCACCAGGGCGAAGCAGAGGGUCCAACAGAAUGACACGGAGCUGGAAUAUUACAAUCUCGGCGUUGGAGGUGUUCCGGAAGCAUCACCAUAAUGUAUUGAAGUGGCGGUGAAGGCCACUAUCAGAAUGCCUGAGUGAUGUGUUAAGUUUACUAAUGGAUCUUGGGUGAAUUAACUGAAGCCUAUUGACUGUUUUUCUAUUUUGGGUUUAAUGCCAUUGCAUAAUCUUUUAUAAUCCCUACAAUGUCAUUAUGAAAAGUAUAAUAAUUCAAACAGCCAUUCAACUAAAAGAACCCUUUUCCUCAACACACGUGGCAUCAUGAAUUUUUAAGAAAUCAUUUUUCAAGAUGUUAGUGUUUUUGCUCAAAUAGACAGUAUUACGUACAAUCAAGUACGUUACAUUCAGCUGUUAUAUCUAAUAUGACUUAAAAGAAAUUUGACUUCACUAUUCAACACCUUGAAAUUGGGCCUCCGUCUCUUUAAAAACUCCUAUUCUGACACUCCACCUUUAAGGAUGUCAUCACGUUGCUUUACAAAAAUAUUAAUUUCACUCCAAGUACAUUCUUUAUAUUAACAUAGAACUCACUUUAAUAACUUUAUA